AUGGCCUGUGGGAUAUAUGCGCCAAACCAAAUUAAAAGCUACAUUAUUUACUACGUAAUUAAAAAGAAUUAUCCAAACAAUCAUCCAACAAUGAUUAUGUAUUGUUUGGAAAAAUUUAACAUUAAUUUACAUAUCCAAGGUCAAUCAACGGAAUUACCGGUCGAAGAAAGACCGAUGGCCACGCCAAGAAAAAGAGUGGUAGUGGAAGAGGCAAGUUCCAGUGGUUCUUAUAAAAAACAAAAAAAUCCCAGCAAGAACCCCAAUAUUAAUGAUGAGGCUGGCUGUUCUGAUUACAAUUCAGAUAAUAACAAUGAUUCCGGGGCUCAUCAAGUCAAUGAUGCCGUCAAAACUAAAAAAGCUCCAGUGGAUUACCAUGAUAAUGGUAUUUCAUUUGGUAAUUGGGGUACUACCAUUCAGUACUCUGGAUGCUUUCGUUUUUAUUGCUUUGGCGAAACUUUGAAAAAGGAAUAUCCCGGAUUUCACGCUACGUUUGUGGAACUUUUAAAAAAAUGUGAUUACACCCAAAACAAGAUUGCCCAAAUGAAAGUCGCCGGUAAACGAUUCAACACCCUGUUAUAUUACUUCAAGCACG